UGUAUUGGGGGGUUUAUAGUAUAGGUAAUUAACCGGUGGGUGGGCUCCGUGGAUAUCUUCCCACCAGCAAACUGCACAGUUGGUCAUGGCCAGGCUGGCUCCCAUACUGGGGGAAAAUAUGCAGUCUCCAGCUGAACUACCUGAACAAACGUAUGAAAUGCACUUUGACGCCAGCAGGGAUUCGACAUGCUUUAGAUUCUUGACAGUUAGUUGCAAAUUAGCCAUCAAUUUCUCGGUAGAAUUAACCUUCUGAGCUUGGGUGACGUAAUGCUGUACUUCGAACAAUUCACUGGAAAUUUA